GGUGGGAACGUGAUGUGGGUUAUCAACAGCAACACUGACCAGCUGACAACAUGAUAAGGGGAGACCUUAAAAGUCGCUGAGGAGUAUGAUGGUCUUAUAGAGUCUCCGGCUCUGUGUCGUCGCGUCGUAACUGCUGUUGUUGAAGUUGUUGAAGAUGAGCAUCAACGGGCACGCGCACGCAGACCUUUACAGGGAGUGUUCCCCCAGAAACUCAGAGGCUGAGGAGACUACACCGUUGCUGGGAAAUGGUUCCAUGCAAACCAGAGCCACCGGAGCCUCGUUCACCUCAUCUGUGUUCAACCUGAUGAAUGCUAUCAUGGGCAGCGGUAUACUGGGUCUAGCUUUCGCAAUGGCUAGCACAGGAAUAGUUGGUUUUGGCAUCCUGUUGGUCCUGGUGUCCAGUCUAGCAGCUUACUCCAUACAUCUGCUGCUGAAGCUUUGUGACCAAACAGGUAUCAACUCAUAUGAAGACCUUGGAGGGAAAGCCUUGAAAAAACCAGGAAAAGUUCUGGUUGGAAUUGCUAUUCUCGUCCAAAAUAUUGGUGCCAUGUCAUCCUACCUGUUCAUCUUGAAGUCUGAACUUCCUCCUGCCAUCAACAGCUUCCUGAGCCCAGAUCACACAGGAAAUGCCUGGUAUGAAGACGGCAGGUUGCUUCUGAUCUUAGUUACAGUUUGCAUCGUUCUGCCACUGUCAUUGUUGCCUAAAAUUGGCUUCCUUGGCUACACCAGCAGUCUUGCCUUCUUGUUCAUGCUGUAUUUUGCUGUUGUGGUUGUGGUAAAGAAGUGGUCCAUUCCAUGUCCACUGCCUCAUAAUGUCACUACCCUUUCAGGGAUGUUGAAGAUAUCCAAUUCCUCUGAGUCAGACUGUACGCCAAAGCUCUUCAUCGUCUCCAUUAAGAGUGCCUAUGCCAUCCCCACCAUGGCCUUCUCCUUCCUGUGCCACACGGCUAUCCUGCCGAUCUACUGCGAACUGGAACGACCUACUAAAGCCCGGAUGCAGAAUGUUGCAAACAUCAGCAUUGGCCUCAGCUUCCUGCUUUACUUCAUUUCGGCCCUUUUUGGCUACCUCACUUUCUACAGUCAUGUGGAUUCAGAGCUGUUGCUUGGUUACGAUACAUACUUGCCACGUGACAUCAUGGUGAUGACGGUCCGGUUGGCAAUCCUCCUGGCCGUGCUGCUGACUGUACCACUUAUACACUUCCCUGCCCGUAAGGCUGUGAUUUUGCUGCUAUAUGGGGGACGUAACAUCUCCUGGCUGAUUCACAUCAUCUCAACUCUCAUCAUCCUGACCGUGGUGCUAAUCCUGGCCAUCUUUGUGCCUGAUAUAAGCAAUGUGUUUGGAGUAGUUGGAUCAACAAUGUCCAGCUGCCUGCUGUUUGUUUUUCCAGGCAUCUUCUACCUCAAGAUUAGUGGUCAGCCCCUCAGAUCUGUCGACUCCAUUGGGGCGAUAUUUCUUGUGGUCUUUGGGUUGAUUAUGGGUGUCAUCAGCCUCUGCGUCAUCAUCAUCACAUGGGUGAGGAGCUCCUAGCCAAUACCAUGAAACGGAUGAAAAAAAGGGAAAUUGAAACCAAAGAAAUUUAAUUUCAAAUGAGAUUGAACAGACAUUAAGAAUAUCAGGUCAGGACACUUCAUGGUAAAAUAGUUCUGAAGCCCGUUGUGCUGUGUGUGUGUAUAGAUUCAUCAGCAUCUUUUACAUGUUGAUUUUCAGACUGUAAAAAAAAAAAUCAAAAAUCUUUUUAAUCUGCCCGGAGCAAAAGAUUGAGAGCUGUUAUCUUGUGUCUUUUAUAUUCUUUCCUUUUUGUAAUUUUUACCCUCUAAUUGCUGCUCUGUUGCCUUUAUACGGAUGAUCAUGCACUUUACGUGAACUACCAGCCUAUGAACAUGUCAUUACAACCAUGAAUGUUGGCAUUUUUUUCUGAUGUUGUAUAAUCCAAACUUGAACCUAAGUAUGAUUAUUAUUUAUUGGUUGUGGGAACAGCUCUGAACCAUUCUGUUUUUAGUCUUAAACCCACACAGUCAUUCUCCAUUCCAAUUUUAGUGGUGUUUUGGUAUUUUUGCUCUGUUAAUGUAUGUGAUAAAAAUGGACAACUCUCUGUUUAUUUGUCGUGUUAUUUUUUUUAAAUCCCUUGCAGUUCCUGUUUUAUUUUAUAUCCCUUUGGAAUGUCCAUCAUUGUGUUUGAUUGGCAGUCGCUGUAUUGAUGCUGUGAUCCUCUGCUCUGUCUUCCACUCUGGGUUCGGCUCAUGGCUGAUUAAAUCCAUAUGCCCUGCACGUUUCUAAUCAUAAUUCUGUUUAGACUGUCUUUACCCUGCCUCUAAAGCCUGCAACCGCCCAUCGGCUGCUUUUAAUCUUUGGAAUGAGGUAGAUCUGCCUGCCGUCGCUGUCGAAAGAAGAAGUCGUGGUCCUGUAUUGACUCACCUGCCUUUGAAAGAGUUCCUUUAGUAAAAUAAAUGUCUGCCGUCUCCAUCCUUUCAUCCACUCUGGAGGACAAUCCCUUUAAAAAAAAAAAAAAAA